CAUUCGCAGAGGCACACAGAACAGGAAAUAAGAGGGAGGCAAACGAGCAGAAAUGAUACAUGUAAGCAGCAGGUUGAGCUCCGGCUGUUUAGAUACUUAGGUGCCGCUUCAAGGCUGCGAGACUGAAAAAUUACUGUCGGGGAAUGCUGGGAGGCAGAGAUGAGUUUCAAAAUGUUCCCUGUGCGUCCACAUUAACUGGGAGUUGAUGCCCUGCACAAGAGCAUGGAGCACGUGUCAGUGAAGUUUGAGUACGAGUACACAACGAAAGAUGGUCGCCGAGUGUCCAUAAAGCCCAAUGAAAGUUACAUCCUGGUCUCCAAGACUAAUGAUCACUGGUGGCACGUCCGCAAAGACCAGCACACCAAGCCCUUUUAUAUUCCUGCACAGUAUGUGGAGGAGCUCUCAGCGACCGUUGGAGACCAUCUUCGUCCUAAUAAGCUGAAUUCAGCUCAGGGUCUGACUGUUAGUAAGCCAGUGGAUAUGACCAACGUAAAGCCACGUAAAGGGACAACAAAGAGUCGUCCAUCAUCUCAGGAUGUUCCAAAAGAGACCUACCGCUUCUCCACUUUUGGUUUCGGUGACGACUUACCAGAGGUGAAGACAGAUGUACAGACUAACAGCACCUUUGUACACACUCUGAAUAAUGUAAAAACGCACAACUCAGCACCUCCAAAGGCUGAAAGCACCCAAGUGUAUGCAAAACCUCAUCUUGUGCCAAAGGUCAUAAAAGAAAAAAAAGAGUCUAAAAUCUCACUGCAGGAUGAUACUGCAGAGCAGACCUCUGUACAUGAUGAAGAUAUGGAUUUCCCUUUGCCCCCACCACCCACAUAUGACACCAUACCAGAGCUAAUCGUCACAGAAUUUGACACUUUUCCCGAGCCUCCGCCGCCUCCUCUUGUUUCACUCGACACGCAGCCCCCAGAACGGCAAAGUUUCAGACAAAGUGCAGAAAAAACUUCCAUACAAGUACCUCCUACGGAGCAGGUGCAGGAUGAAAAUCUGCGGUCAGCAGUGUACGUCAAUGUAGCAGAGCUCCGGAAAAGCAUCUCAGAGUCUCCUCCGUCGGCUCCUCCGUCGGCUCCUUCGUCCUACUCUCCUUCCUACCUUAACCCAGAGGGAUGGGAGGUGCACGUUGACGACGAAAGUGGACAGGAGUAUUACUACAACCCCAACACGGGGCGCACAACCUGGGAGAGCCCUUUUGUAGACCCCUCCACAGACCCCGAAUCACUCCCUGCAGAGGAGCCUUAUUCCCCCUCACCUCCUCAAUCUCCUCAAUCCACCGCCUCCCCACCGGCGUGGAAUUCAGACUGGGAGCAGUUAGUGGAUGAGACCAGUGGUCGCCCAUACUUCUAUAACCCAAUGUCUGGGGAAACAUCUUGGGAGCCCCCUGAGCAGCCUCAGAGCCCCUACCCGCCUCUGAUGGAGCCUAUGAGUGUGCACAGGUUUCAUGAGGAUGAGCGGCCUCCUUUACCUGAGGAGGACUACCCCUCGGAGGAUUACCCGCCUGCAGAUCCACCAGAGGGCUAUGAGGACACCCAUGCCACAGGACCUCCAGCCCCAAUCCCAAAAGACUACAGCUUCAGCCAUGUGACCCGGACCGUAAUCCCCAGGGCCAACCUGGACCGCAACACCCCGGCUGGUUGGAACCUCACUGUGGAACAAGAUGGGACGUGGGUGUUCACCAGUGAAAACUCACCAGAUCAGUGGAUCAAGUCUUUGGAUGAGCAGGGGCAGACCUACUACUAUCUAAGAGAUGGCUCCAAGUCUCUGUGGAACCUGCCCGAGGCCCCUGUAGCUUAUAGCCAUUUGAGGGUGGAGAAUGGCAUUGAGGCGGAUGGCGUGUCUGUCAUCAAAAACUGGAGACACACCAUGGGACCUGCUCAGUUCGGCUCUGCCCAGGAAGAUGGGAGAUUCGGCCCGACUCACAGGAGGAACACGUCAGACUACAGCUCCAGUGACAGCUCCAGUACAGGAAACUCUCCUGAUACGCAGCAAAAUGCUUUUGGGUUUCGGCCCUGGAGAAAUCCUUAUUAUCUGACCUCAAAGUGGCUGCGCUAUAAUGUGCAGAACUUGGAGAAAGCUGGAAUUCUUAAUAAAACAAAAGUGUCUGAGAAUGGAAGGAAAGUAAGAAAAAACUGGGCCCCAACGUGGACUGUUCUCCAUGGAGGGGUGCUGACGUUCCAUAAGGACCCAAAAUCUGCAUCAGGGGCCGCGAACAAAACCAAUCACAUUGUCCCAGAGGUUGCGGUGGAACUGCGCGGAGCAACAAUUGGCUGGGCCACAAAGGACAAAUCUAGCAAAAAGAAUGUUUUAGAGUUAAAAGGAAAGAAUGGUGUGGAGUUUCUGUUGCAAUAUGAUACCGAAAGCAUCAUCACUGACUGGCAUAAAGUCUUAGUGGACACCAUAAGGCAACUUGAGUACCAGGAACAUCAUUCUGAGGAGGAGGAUGCAGACAUUUAUGAAAAGAUCCCCAACACAGAUGAGAAGGUGGGAGGUGCCGCAGACAAGAGAAAAUUGAGGGGAAGUGUUACAAGUACAACUGCAACCACCACUGCAGCAGAAACAGAACAGAAGAAGGUCCGAACCAAACUGAUGAAGUUCCUUAUGAAGCGUCCCACGUUGCAGACGGUCAAGGAAAAAGGCUACAUCAGAGAAAAUGUCUUUGGUUGUGACCUUGCGACACUGUGCGCACAUGAAAAGACUACUGUACCGAGUUUUGUAGAGAAAUGUAUUCAUGCAGUGGAAAGGAGAGGUCUGGAUAUUGAUGGACUCUACAGAGUCAGUGGGAACCUCGCUGUCAUUCAGAAACUGCGCUUCAAGGCCGAUCACGAUGAACUGGACCUCGAGGACGGUCAGUGGGAAGAUGUUCAUGUCAUCACCGGAGCGCUGAAGUUAUUUUUCCGAGAGCUUUCUGAGCCACUUUUCCCAUACAGCCACUUUAAUAACUUCAUCUCAGCCAUCAGAAUUGGUGAUUACAACACAAAACGGGAUCGCAUGUAUGACUUGAUCCACUCACUUCCUGAUCCAAAUCACGACACCAUGAAGCUACUAUUCGGGCAUUUACACAGGGUUAUUGAAUAUGGGCAGGAUAAUCGUAUGACUGUACAGAAUGUGGCAAUUGUGUUCGGCCCAACGCUGCUUCGGCCAGAGAUGGAGUCGGGGAAUAUCGCGAUGCACAUGGUCUUCCAGAACCAGAUAGUGGAGUUUGUCCUGAACGAAUACGACUAUCUCUUCCAAUAAACAGUAACAAGCCUGCAGUACAGACCUGGGCCAACAUGUAAAUGUGCUCAAGUUUUUUAAAGAGAUAGAUUUACCUUUGCAUUUGCACAUCAGCAGCUUCAGUGUGCGAACCUGGAAAGUUAACCUCCUUCUGUAAAAUAUGUGAAAGGGGUCUUCAAGUUUAUUCAGACUAGGAAAGGGAUCUUCACGUGCUCCUUGCUGAGGAUAUUUGAAGCAUUUUUAACCACUGUUUUAUCUGGAUUUUCUCUGUCGUGUGCAGCUUACACCGUUAGACCCUUCUUUGGCAGUAUUGCAGGAGAGGAAGUCGAGCUACAUGGGUGUUGACAGGUGUUGUUUGGUUUACCGUUUCAAAGCCACUGAGCUUGUUUUGUGUGUGUGUGUGUGUGUGAAAUAAAGACUGUAUCAAAUUGCUCUCCCUCCCUGGAACUCUAGGUGUCUAAAUCUCACAAGUCACUUUUUGGAGAUUUUAUUUUAUUGCUUUUUUUUGUUUUGGUUUAUCUAAAUCUCAGUGACAAUAGAACCAAUAGGUCAAACUUGGAGAAAUGCAUUAAUUCUCUCUCUUUAGCAAAUUUUCUUUUAUUGCUUUUAUCUUUAUUUUUAGUAAUUUACAGUUUAUCACUCAUGGCAAUAUCUGAGAUUCUAUGCUAAUAUUGUUUCUUCUUUUUUUCAGCCUCAUUUUUACCCAGGAAUUUUAUUGUAAUAUAGAAAUGUGUAAAAAAAAUAUUAAUACUUCUUGCUAUGAAGUAGAUGAUGGUGACAUAGAGUACUUGUGCAACUUGUAGAUUAUUUUCCACUGAAAACAUCAUUUUUCAAUCAUGCUGUACUUGAAGAAAUUGUAUAAUAACAGCACAAAGAUAUAAAGUAGCAACAGUUUGAAAUUCAGAACAGAAACGUGGAUUGUAGAAGAGUUUUAUGACAUGUAAAUAGAAAUAGAUGGCAUAUUUAUGCUUCAAGUUGGUGAAAAUGCACAAGUUAUUCCAUAAUAAAAUAACUUUGUUAAAAAAAGGUUUAUCUGUGUAUGUUUGCUUCUUGCAAUCAUGUGUUUAUAAGCUAUAAAUGGGAGAAAUACAUUUAAGAAUUUGUUCAACUGAGUUUUUUCAUUAAAGCUGGCCUGUUACACUUGUCAUGUA